GAGAGAGAGAGAGAGAGAGAUCAUUCUAUUAUUAUUCUAUUAUUAUUGUAGUAUAUUAUCAUAUUAUUACUAUUAUAUUAUUCAUUAUUCAUGACUACAUUGAAACUAGAAUAGAGAGAAAUCAGCGUGGAAACUGCAAGAGGUACCAUAGAUUGUUGUACAUGGAAAUAAUGGUAGUAAAUAGUUUUUGAUUUAUUAAAUACAGUUAUAUAUUACAAUUAUACAUUUUUGUUAUUUAAACUAUACAUAUUGCAAAAUUAUGGGUUUUUUCUCAAAGUGACACACCACUCUGUCAGAGUAAUUCGCAGCGUAGCAGCAGUUGUAUGUUGUCAAUGGAGCGCAGAACGAAGAGACGUCAGAAACGAUGUUAAAAAGUAUAUACAAAGCUUUACUUUACAAGACAAACAGAAUUGCAGACGAACGCAGGCUUGGCCUUCACUCUAGGCAGACACAAACUAGAACAGAGUAAGAUCUCAACUGACGCAAUCAGUAAUGUACAAACACACUUCUACUCCCCAGGUUCCAGCCACUCAUCAAGGUCAACACAGCUUCUCAGUCAUUAACUCUUUACAGACUAUAGCAUACUCUGGAUGAUGCAACCUGUAUGCAAUACAUGCCAGACAAAAAUUUCAUUUAAACACUACUAAUACACAAAUCCCACAUUAACACACUCUAGUCAUGCCAGGUUUUUUGGUGAAUGUUGACACACCAAGCUCAAAAGCUCGCCCAUCGCUGCUCUAGUUCCAAGUGGGGCAGUGUGUCUCAGGUGAUCGGCACGUCCCGAUGACGGACAGGUGGCCAUCAUCCCUGUCAUGAGACACCACCCACCCAGCUGUCACCCGUCGGGAUCAAGGAAAGCCUGAGACUGCGCUGCUCCAGAUCUUUCUUUAAAGACCUUGAGACAACUAGAGCUCUCAUCCUUCCGGGACAUUCGAAGGGAGCCGAGGCCGAAAACACAAAGGUUCCCACACAGCCUUCUUCCAGUCAUGGGAUCUGCAGUUAAACUGGGCGCUCCUGCCAGGCAACUGAUGUGCUGCAUCUCAAAGGACGUCCCCAAGGAGAGGGAGACCGACGCUCCGGGAUUCUUGAGCCGCAACCGAACGUCCCAGGGAUCCCAGAAGCAACAGACCAAACGGGAGUCGGCCUUUGCGCAACGGAAAGCGGAGCGUGCCUCCAUGAGGGCUCACCUCCGGGAGAAAUAUCAGCUGCCCAAGAACCGGACGGACAGGAAGCAACUGGAAGCGGCCGGAGGAAAGGCCAAACUCCCCCGGGACCUCCUGGCAAUCGUGAAGCCGAAGGACCCCUCGGAGGGCGGCUCCAUCUUCUCCGCCUGGUCCGGCCUAGAUUUCAGUUCCUUGAGGGUCACGGCCGAGAGCGCGGUGGAGUCCCUCAAGCGGCCGGUGCAAUGCCCCGUCAUGUGAAAGAUCCACCAUCAGAUACAAACGUCUCUAAUCGCGGAACAAAACAACAAUUUUCCGGUGUAGUGAUGGUCAAGUUCAACUGGCCAAGCGGUCACCGAUGACCUUCAGCCGGCCUUGGUUGUGAAAGGGAUUUAGAAGUCUUAGUGGACCACAAACCAAACGUGAGCUAACACUGUGAUGCUGCAGCUCAAAAGGCCAAUGCGAUUCUAGGCUGCAUCAAUAGGAAUAUAGUAUCUAGAGACGGAAGGGAAUUGCAGUCCCACUCUUUGGAGAGACCUCACCUGGAAUAAUAACCUUGUGUCCACUUCUGGGCAGCAAAAUACAACACAAGAGAUGGACAAGAUGGAAAGUGUCCGGCAAAACGGCCAAAAGUCUGGAAGCCAAAGACCUAGACAAGGAGCUGGGGAUGGGGUAGAAAAUCCCAGAACUAAUCCUGCAUCCGCAAAGCUGGUUUUAUAAUACAUACUAAAGGCGUGCUACAUAAA